AUACUUAGUACAUUUCCGAGCCUGUGCCUAUUCAGUUAAUCAUAUGAUGAUCCAAAUUACCAGAUUCCACAAUAUUCCGUGGAAAAGAUCAUAUGAAGAGACCGCUUCCCUAGAUGGGUUUUCUCGCCGCGUCCCAAAUUCCACUUUUGUGAAGGCUCACACAGCAUCCAGAUGUCACGCUCGUACAUGGCUGUUGUGGUGUGUCUCGCCUUUCUAUGGUCAUUAGUACUUGGCUUCCCAGAAAAAGAACCUUCUUUCAAGCAAAGGUGUCAGGAAUUCAAACCUCUCAGCUAUGUUGCAAACGCAACAGUAAACGCGCAGGGAUUUAUUUCAGCUGGCCAAACCAUUCUUUACCCAUCCAAUGACCCAAAUUGUAACCGUCCAAGCCAAAACGUCUCCGUAGACAUUUGCCGUAUUGCCCUGAACUUUACCACAUCGGAUAGAUCUCACGUGUUAUCCGAAGUAUGGCUUCCACAAAACUGGACCGGUCGAUUCCUUGCUACCGGAAAUGGUGGGAUCGAUGGUUGCACGAAAUAUGAAGGUAUCCAAGAGAUCAUAUAAAGUCACUCUGAACCUUGGCUAACUUGAAACUCUUACAGAUAUCGAUUAUGGCGUUAAGUACGGGUUAGCAACUGUAGGAUCCAACAAUGGCCACAACGGAACAGGAGGAGCAUCCUUCCUCAACAAUGACGAGGUUCUCAAAGACUUCGUCUUCCGCGCGUAUAUAUCCCUUUCCCGUUCUCAAUAAGCAUAACUGAAUCCCAAUCAAGUCUCCACUCCUCAGCCACAAUAGCCAAAACGCUCACCUCUAAAUUCUACCAUCAACCUCCCAAAAAGUCUUAUUACAUAGGCUGCUCGGGGGGUGGAAGACAAGGUCUCAAAGCCGCGGAGAUGUAUCCUAAAGACUAUGAUGGAAUUCUUAUUGGGGCACCAGCUUCAAAUUUCAAUAACAUGUCAAGUUGGCGUGCUUCCUUCGCCGGUAAAACUGGCGCUCCUGGGUCCAUGGAUUUCAUAUCGCCGGCAAUGUGGCAGGGGUUGAUUCAUGAUGAGGUUUUGAAGCAAUGUGAUUUCAAUGAUGGAGUGAGGGAUGGUAUUCUGGAGAAUCCUGGUGAGUGCGGUUUCGAUCCGGCACGUUUGCUUUGCAGGGAGGGGACUACGAAUAGUAGUGCCUGUUUGAGUCUUGCCCAGGUUGGAAUUGUCAAGAGUGUGUUCAGUCCUCUCUAUGGGGAAGGGGGCGAACUUGUAUAUCCCGCGAUGCAACCUGGGAGUGAGAUUGCCGCAAGCACCGGACUAUACAGCGGAACCCCUUUUCCUUACUCUGUUGUAAGACCCCUCUCUUCUUUCCAACCAUUCCAACUAAAAAAUAAAAAGGACUGGUUCCGCUACGUCGUCCACAAAGAUCCCCUUUGGGAUCCCCUAACCUUCUCCGGUAAAGACAUCUCCCUCGCCCAAUCCCUCAAUCCCCUCAACGUCCAAUCCUUCCCCAACAAUCUAACCACCUUCCACGCCAACAACGGAAAAAUGAUCAUCUACCACGGCCUCCAAGACCAGCAAAUCUCCUCCUUCGCCACCAACCGACUGCACAACCACCUCGCGGAAUCCGUCGCCUCUCGCGCCCAACUCGACUCCUUCCUCCGAUACUUCCAGAUCUCCGGCCUCAAUCACUGCAACUCCGGCCCCGGGGCGUGGAUGAUCGGCCAAUCUACCCUCGGCGACUCGGAAAGGGGAUUCCGGAAGGAAAAUAAUGUGUUGGCUGCGUUGGUGGCGUGGGUUGAAAAUGAAAGAGCGCCGGAGACGGUUGAGGGGGUGAAGUUUGAGGGGGAUAGGAAGGGGGGGAUGGUGCUGAGGACGAGGAGGCAUUGUGCGUGGCCUAGUGUUAAUCGGUUUUUGGGGAGUGAGGGGGAGAAGGGGGAGAAUUGGGUUUGUGUUUAG